AUGGUUGAUUCAGCUCCUCAGUGGGAAGCAGUGCUGAGGAGACAAAAAGAAAAAAACCAAACUGAACCCACCAAUCGGCGUUCCAGGCACAGAUCACGAUCGAGAAGUCCAGAUGUUCAAGCAAAGGAAGAAUUGUGGAAACACAUUCAAAAAGAACUCGUGGAUCCAUCUGGCUUAUCCGAGGAUCAACUAAGAGAGAUUCCAUAUACUAAAAUAGAGACUCAAGGUGACCCUGUUCGCAUUAGACACUCACAUUCUCCUCGAAGCUAUCGCCAUUAUCGACGAUCCCAGUGCUCUGAUGGGGAGAGAUCUGUUCUGUCAGAAGUGAAUGCCAAAGCAGAUCUUGUUCCUCCUCUCCUGGUUACCCGCUCCUCGGAUGCUCAUUGUCCCACCACUGCAGUAUCUCAUCAGGUUAGUAAUGGCUUUUAAUCAUGCUUGAAUAUUUAAAGUG